UACUUCACUGGAACAAGUGAAGAAGCAAACACAACAAAGUUCAAUCGUCUCAAACAAAAAGAACAAGAAAACAAACACACAAACAGACAAACAAUAAUUUAAAUUGUUCUCUGGUGUUCUUGCUAUUAAUUAAUAGUAAUUUCCACUGCUCCAGUUCCAAAUAUAUAUACUUACUAGUUUCCUACACACUCCUUAAUUACUAUUUUUCACUUUCUCCUUUCAAUAUGAGGAACCCCACUCACAAGUCCCCUGAGGUUGAAAAUGAUGGUGAUUUUAAAGUUCAUCUGUUCUCUUCAUCAUCCGAGUUGCUUGAAAAGCUUCAUGAAAAAUGGAGUUCAGUGGAGAAACCACCAUACCCAGCUAUGUAUUCUAGUAUUUAUGGAGGUAUCAUACUUGAUCCAGCAAUGAUGGUAAUCCCCAUUGAUGAUCACAUGGUUCACAGAGGGCAUGGUGUGUUUGAUACAGCUAUUGUUCUAGAUGGAUACCUCUAUGAGUUGGAUGUUCACCUUGACAGAUUCCUAAGUUCAGCCUCCAAAGCAAAGAUAUCCUCUCCCUUUUCUCGAUCAGUGCUUCACAGCAUUCUAAUACAACUAACUGCAGCAUCAAAAUGCAAGAAGGGAACUCUAAGAUACUGGCUCAGUGCAGGUCCUGGAGAUUUCUUGCUAUCAUCAGCAGGAUGUCCAACAUCUGCAUUCUAUGCAGUAGUCAUUGACCAAGAUAUUUCCCAAUGCAAAGAGGGAGUUAAAGUGAUUACUUCCAACAUACCAAUGAAGCCUUCUCUAUUUGCCACAGCCAAAAAUGUGAACUAUCUUCCAAAUGUCCUUUCAGUAAUGGAAGCUGAAGAGAAAGGAGCAUCUUCUUCUAUAUGGGUUGAUGAGGAAGGUUAUAUUGCUGAAGGUCCAAAUGUGAAUGUUGCUUUCAUAACUCAAGACAAGGAACUUGUCAUGCCUCCUUUUGAUAACAUCUUACAUGGUUGCACUGCAAAAAGGCUCCUUGAACUGGCACCCAAGUUGGUUGAUCAAGGGCUUCUGAAAGGUGUAGCAACUAAAAAACUAACUGUGGAGGAAGCUAAAGCUGCUGCUGAAAUGAUGUAUGUAGGAAGCACGCUUCCUCUGUUGCCUAUCAUCGUCUGGGAUGAUCAACCCAUUGGCAACGGAAGGGUGGGAGAAUUAACAAUGUUACUUUCGGAUAUGCUUUGGGAUGAUAUGGUAGCUGGCCCUGGCACACAGAGGAUACCUGUUCCUUAUGUUGAGUAAACCUACAAAGUCAUCAAAUUACAGGCUGGGAACAACUUUCUUACUUUUCUAUGUCAUGUUCCUAGGAGUUCUCCUUGCAAAGAUUUAUCAAGAGGUUUCUCUUUGUAUUUGCUUUUUGUAUUUCAAGUGUGAACACUGAACAAGUCCUAAAGUGAAGCACCAGGUGUUUCCUGCAACGCAAAAUUUACGUAGCAGAUAAAUAGUCCUUGAACUGUUUCACGUUGUUGUAUUGAUAUAAUAAUAAUAAUGAAGACCCUUCAUGCUGCUUUGUGCCUGAACCAGAA